UCCUGAAGCACCACCUCCACCUGAGCCUGCAUGGGAAGAAAAACAGACUAGUGUUAUCCACCUUGCUGGAGAAGACUUCAGGGAGUCCUUGAAGAAGAAGAAGCACACCCUUGUCAUGUUCUAUGCACCAUGGUGUCCCCACUGUAAAAAUGCCAUUCCACAUUUCACAACUGCUGCCGAAGUCUUUAAAGAAGAUCGCAAGAUUGCCUACGCUGCAGUGGACUGUGCCAAAGGACAGAAUCAUGACCUGUGUAAGCAGGAGGGGGUUGAUGGCUACCCCACCUUCAACUAUUACAACUAUGGGAAAUUUGUGGAAAAAUAUACUGGAGAACGAGGGGAGUCUGGAUUCACCACUUUCAUGCGAACCCUGAGAGAAAGAGACCAUGAAAGAGUAGGAAAGAAGAAGGAUGAAUUGUAGUUUCUGCCUCAAAAGAAGCUUUCCGCUGCACUGUGAAUGGUUCCAGGUCUUUUAUUGAUGCACCUGAGACUUCACAUAUUCUCAAGACAGAGACUUUUUUUUAUAACAGCCAUGGCCAUUUUGUACAAUUUUGAAAUAAAAUGAAACCACUUGAUUUUUAAAUGGAAAAUAAAUUAGAA